GCAGUUGGGGAGUUCAAACAUAUAGUGGAGGACAUAAUAGAACCAGAAUCGACACUGUGAUAUUUUGAAAUCAUCUUUGCAACACUUUACGUUCUGAGGAUUCACUAAAGAAUGCAUAUUGUUCUUAUUCGACAUUGUACACGAAUAGAUAAAAGCAAACACGGGAUAUCUCCCGGACAAUCCGAAGUUUCGCUUCAUGCAGGAGACCAAAAUGACAAUAAAGUAGGAGUUGAAGAUUAUGAUGAAUCGUCGAACUGGUUAUCUAACUUUGAUCCACCGCUUAAUGAAGGUAUAGCAUCACUUGAAAUGGAGAGUGCAUUUAAAAAGAUUUCCAACGACAUUUUGAGCAAGAGUAGAACUAAACAGAUAAUGAUUCAUUCUUCGCCCUAUAACAGGUGUAUACAAACAAGUGAGUUGUUGUUAGACAAAAUAAUACAUGGGAAACAGAAUGAUGUAGAGAAGAUCAACACAAAACUCAGGGUUGACCAGGCACUAUCAGAAUGGUUGAACGAGAACUACAAUUUGAAAUAUUUGCCACCCAACGAUGAUGGCUACUCCAUGAUUAACAAUGUGAAUGCCUAUUUGAAUCAACCGAGCCUUUCAGCAAGCAACGGUGCUUUUACUGAAACGACGAAGAACCAACUGCGAAACGUUAAGGACUCCACGUGGUCAUAUAACCAGUUGGGUCAUUGUGGAGAAUAUGGGGAAUCUGCGUCAGCAUUCACUAGACGAUGCUUUAACUACCUUAUCAACUUGUUACAGUACUACUACACAAAGCAGGGGUCGGAGGUAGACCGACAGAUGGCUGUUGUUAUCAUUUCGCACGGAGCCGUCAUUUCGACGCUUUUACAGAUCUUAUUGGGUAGAUCUAUUUUCAGCGAGAUCCCGCUCUGCACUCCAAUAUACUUCAAGCAAUCACAAAAACGAAGGUCGGUGUUCAAGUUGAUGGAUUACGAUUUCAAUUUGAACAAGCUACUUGGGCCAUCGACCGACCAAGAAUUCUACAAGAUUCUCGAUUCGCCCAUCGACUUGACGAAAUUGGACCCGGACAACUUGAGAAGCGAGUUGACAAUCGGAACUACAGGGUUCACGACGAUCAUACAGAGCAUACCGAAGCAGAUUGGAUCGCCGAAGCAGAGCGGAGGCAAGGGCGAGCCAACAAGGCGGAGACGAAACACCAUCAACAUCGGAGACAAAGAGAAGGACGCCAGCGAGGACAACAAGAUCGAAUCAUUGAAGCAGACGCGGUCGUCACGACAGUUGUACCUCUUGAAUAAGAACACGAGCGAGGAAAAGGUGAUUGAUUUGGACAAGUUGCACAGCUACUUUGGGGGCGACAGCGGUUCGGACACGAACUCCGAGGAUGAGACCGGUGCCGAUGGAGGCAGGUCUGCGUCGUUUGACGAGUUCAAGGACCUGCAGGAGAACGGGCUGAACAAGAGCGUGUACAAGGGGUCGAUCACCUCGUUGAGCUCUUUCAACGAGGAGAACAAAAGCAAGUUCCAGCUGAACAUGAAGAACUUCUUCUCGAGGCCGUCGCCCAUCAAGGGCGACCCCUUCUCGCACUUCUUCUUGAGCCGCAGCUCCACGAUGGACGACGACGGCUCCGACUACGACGAGUUCAACAUGUCUCGCAAGAGCUCGGUGACGAACGGCGACGACUCAAUCCGCCUGAGCGCCUUUGCCGACAACGUCGCCGCCGCUAGCAGCAUCAGCCACGGACUCGGCGUCUUUGCUGGCGACGACGACGCCGAGUCCUCAGGCGACGACAGCGACGGCUCGGACACACGCAUCUUGUCCUUUGGCACCCGCAACAAGCUGCAGAACAUGAUCCUCACCGAGCGGGCCAAGGAGAAGGAGAAGGACGCCAGGGCGCGCAUGCAGGCCGACGAGCCGACGACGGUUUUGGACGGCACCUUCGCAAAGGUCCCGCUCGGCUCCAACAGCAAGCUAAGUUUGGCGGCGCAGGGCGCCGCCAGCGCUAGCAGCAGCACGGGCGACAUUAAGGGAAGCGGCAGCGGCAGCGGUGCGGACGGCGGCCAGGGCUCCAAGAUCAAGCUGGUGAUGCCGAGGUUGAUUUCCACCCGCAACAUGAAUCUGCACGUACGGGGGGCCGACGGCGACGGCGACGGCGACGGCGACGCAGGCGUCGGCGGCUCGAGUGCCCACGAAACAGAGUACAGCGCCCGCGAGGAGCGACAGCGCCGCCGCCAGCAGCAGCAGCGGCGACAUAGGCCGUCCCGCGGCAGCGUCAGCUCAGAGGAUACCCUCAAAAAGAUCCUUCUCCAGGAAGAUUUGCGCCCGGGGUGGCCGGUGCGUUCCCUGGGCGCCGAUCCGCCAGCCGGGGACGACGCCGACGAGAACGACGCGGAGGAGGAAGAGGAAGAGGAGGAGACCGGGUGGUUUGGGGGAUUUUCCCGCCGGUAGCGAAGAGGGCGGCGGCGGCCGCCGCCGCAUAGGGAUUUGCGCCGCCUCGGGCCUGGGCUUCUGGGCCUCCGGGCUUCUGGGCCUCUGAACCCUCCCCCAGCUCUGUACCUGUACAUAGCGAAUACAGCAGCAGAUCCGCGACGUAGAACGUAGCGCGUGCCCGCAGGCGGCGCGCCCGCCGAGGGGCGCG